UUCGCACACCAUGCCGCGGGCGCUGCAUGACAGCCUGAAGAAGCUCGCUUGAGCGCCCUAUGAAGAGCGGUGGAGGGGCAUGCUUGCAUCAGGUAGGUAGCCGCUAAAUAGCUGCAGGUGUAGGUGUUUCACUACGUCUGGCCCAUUCCUCUUCACUCUUCAAUCACCUGUGACACUCGCACGAUGCAGCGUCGAUUUUUCCGCUUUCUUUGCAGCUAAUGACCGCUCUUCGCAUACUCGAUUAGCCUGUAGGGCUCCAACACCUCCUACCCUUGUCCGCUAGUCCACGACCGAAACACAAAGACAAAUAACCAUAAUUAAAACAACCGAAGGGUAGUGAGACCUUGAAGAUGUUUUCGAAUCUUCAGAUACGGCCCGCAAAGCCACACCGCCGGAAACGAAGCAUGGUGGCUAAGGCUGGAGUGACGAAGCGUCGAGUCUCAAAUGUUACGCCAGCAAGUGCCAGCAACGUGCCAUCGAUGAGCCUUAUGGAAGAUCUGUUUGGCGACGAGUUCCCGGAGGCUUUUGCAACCAGUAGCGGUUAUGCAGCGAGGAGCUCCAAGAGGGUGACAGAUUUACCAGCCGAGCUACUCGCAAUGAUCUGUGAGCAUCUCUCCAAUCUAGAUAUCAAGAGAUUGCGACUCGCUGGUAAACACUUGGCGAAAAAUGUUGGUCUACGCAUAGAUCGCAUCUAUAUCUCACCGAACCGUGCAAAUCUGGACUGCCUGCAGAGGAUACUAGAUCAUCCCAGAUAUAGGAACGAUGUUGGGGAGAUUGUCUGGGACGAUGCACAACUCGAGGAGUAUCCCACAUUGGACAGCUUUCGUCACGCGAUAGGGAUCGACGAAGUAAAAACAACAAUCGAUAUCGAGAACCGCCUUGACGAAGCCAUUCGAGGCCAUGAAGAUGACAGUCCCGAGUACCGUGCACUAGAACGUGACGACUUCUUCUCAUCGAACGGACAACUGACGGAAGUUGGCAAGGGCAUCUUGCUGCGUUACGACGACCAAUUUUCCAGAGAUAUCAUUGCUCGCAGCACAACGGUCAUGAGCAUUGAACAAAGCUAUAAUCUCUACCAGCGCCUAUACCAGGAAGAGCAGGAGAUCAUGGAGCAACAAUUAGACGUUGCUGCCCUCCACCGGGCGAUAGCAGGAUUCCCCAAAAUGAAGAGAAUUACAUUGACCAGCGAGGUCUGGCGGCCAUGGAAGCUUUAUCCUCUGUACGAUACACCAUUUUAUCGAUCGCUGCCGCCUGGUUUUCGCAAACCCUCCGUCUGGCCCUGGCUCGGUUUUCGACAACAAGCUACGUCUGUACAAGCCGCGCACCGCGAUGAGGUCAUGUCAACGCGGAAUAUCGAACGGCUUUCAAUAGAGUUCAGAGGGUACAGCAUCAUUGUAUCCACAUUACUCGCUAUCCCAAACCCCAAGAUUGAGGAGAUAAUCAUCGAUGCUGGGAACGAAUACACCGGCAUCAGCCACCAGCUCUUCGCCUCCCCCAACUCGGACUUCGAAGCAACAGUCCGCAUGUUUCAACUUGUUCCUCUUAAGGGACUCCAGCUGGUCAUCAACCCGUAUUGCUCCGAUAGUAACCCCGAUUCGCUCUUUGCUUCGGGUCUCCUCAAGCGCGCGUUAGCAGAGGCGCAGUUUCUAGAGCACUUCGACUUCAAUCCGCACUGGCUCCCUCGUACCUACCGACAUGAAACUCUUGACUUGUCCUUUGGCCCAAAUGAGGUUCUCCCCGAAGCCACGAUCAAGAGACUGACCACCUUCGCGCUGAGAAACGUAUCAGUAAAAGAGAACGAUUUAGAAGACCUGCUGAAAGAGAUGGAGAACGUCGAGCACGUAACGCUAGACAAUAUCCAUCUAAAGAAUUCCGCGUUUCUACACCACCAGCCCGAUCCGAGUUGGGUUCAGCUCUUCCACCGGCUGCAAUCGUACUAUGCUGCAUCGCCUAUGGUCUCACACCCUCGGUUUGCAUGGAUUGAACCGACAUACUACGGCAGGAAUUAUUUUGUGGACGAGGAGAUUGGUGAUUUUUUGUAUCGGGGCGCUGAGUGCCCGUUUGAAAAUGGGUUACAGCGGCCACUGAAGGAGGGGGUGGGUUGGUUUGUGGAUGAGCGGGAUAAAGGCUUCAAGGUCAGGCGGCUGGUGGGAGUAGAGGGAUGGUAAAGGGGCUAAGAAGCGCCUACGCGCCAGGAAGUAUAUAUGAAACUAGUGCUAGGCUGUCGGUGUAUUUUGACAGCGUAGAAUUUUGUAGUAUGUGUUGUGGCUUAGGAUAGGAUAUUGUACUGUACUGUUCAUUGUUGCAACACCACUUCUACGAUUUUGCAGAAAGCUCUCCGAGCUUUACAACUUUUUCUUCUCCCACCGUAGAAAACAGCAUAAGGAGAGAAAAGAGGUCCACGUCAGGCAAAGGAUUAGGCGGACGAAAUUUACUCCUUCUGCCAAGUUUGCAACUGGCUUACGUAGCGCUACACUGAAUAUAGCCUCAUUCUGUCGACGGGAAUAAGCACUAGCGAGUUACGCCCCAUGGCAGCACCAAAACUCGCCC